AACCGAAAAAAACCAGUCGCGACACCUGCGCGUGACUCCCACGCUUCGCCCCCCGCAAGCGUGAUGGUCUCCAAAUUAGGCGGGAAGCGGAAGAGCUCGAAACCCUAGAAUUCAAUUCAUUACAAGCAGCUUCGAUUUCAUCCCUCAAUUUCUCUGCAACAAUUCUCUCUCUCCGAUAUGGGCAUCAAGGGACUGACGAAGCUACUGGCGGACAAUGCCCCGAACGCCAUGAAGGAGAAGAAGCUUGAGAGCUACUUCGGCCGGAGGAUCGCCGUCGAUGCCAGCAUGAGCAUCUAUCAGUUCCUCGUUGUGGUUGGGAGGAAGGGGACUCAGAUGCUCACCAACGAGGCUGGUGAAGUCACCAGUCAUCUGCAUGGCAUGCUUUACCGGACGAUUAGGCUGUUGGAGGCGGGCAUAGAGCCAGUCUACGUAUUUGAUGGUCCACCUCCUGAUUUGAAGAAGCAAGAGCUGGCAAAACGUUUUUCGAAGAGGGCAGCUGCCUCUGAGGAGUUGGCAGUAGCCAUUGCGUCUCAGAACAAGGAAGACAUAGAGAAAUUCAGUAAAAGAACUGUGAAGGUGACGCAACAGCACAAUGAAGACUGCAAAAGACUAUUAAGGCUUAUUGGUGUCCCAGUAGUUGAGGCUACUUCAGAAGCAGAGGCACAAUGUGCUGCACUUUGCAAAGCUGGAAAGGUUUAUGCAGUUGCUUCUGAAGACAUGGAUUCCCUUACUUUUGGAGCUCCUAAAUUUCUUCGCCAUUUAAUGGAUCCCAGCUCAAGAAAAGUUCCAGUCAUGGAAUUUGAAAUUUCAAAGAUCUUGGAGGAGAUGAAUCUGGAUAUGGAUCAAUUCAUUGACCUGUGCAUUCUCUCUGGAUGUGAUUAUUGUGAAAGCAUUCGAGGUAUUGGAGGGCUGACUGCUCUUAAGCUUAUCCGUCGACAUGGUUCCAUAGAAAACAUACUAGAGAACAUAAACAAGCAGAGGUAUCAGAUACCGGAUAAUUGGCCCUACAGCGAAGCUCGACUGCUUUUCAAGGAACCAAUAGUUUCUACGGAAAAACAGCCUGAGAUAAAAUGGACUGCUCCAAAUGAGGAGGGCUUAAUUUCCUUUCUCGUGAAUGAGAAUGGGUUCAACAUUGACAGAGUGACGAAGGCGAUAGAGAAGAUUAAGGCAGCUAAGGAUGAGUCAUCGCAAGGCCGAUUAGAAUCCUUCUUUAAGCCAGCUAAGAAUCUGUCUGUACCUGCUAAGAGGAAGGGAAGCAAAUGCACACUUCAAUCCCCCAAUCUGGUAUUCAAGCCUAAGACAUUCUCUACACAAGUCUCCGUAAAUCCCCAGCCCAGGUUCUGCGGCAGCUUUAAAAUGCCAACCAUGGUCCUGGGUUUGAGGAACUUCAAACAACCAUUGAGAGUUGUCUGCCUCCCGACAUGGAUCUAAAUGAUGGUGAAUGUAAGAACCCUAUUCAUUGAGCAAGUCCUGACUUGUCGAUGCUGUUUAUGCCUGUAGUUGGAAACAAGUUGAUGCUUUCCUUUCCUUAAAAAUGGAUCAUGUCAUAUGGUACUGCAAUUUUGGGAGAGAGUUGUAUAAAUUUUAAUUGGAAGGAUGAAGUUUGCCCUCCAUGCUAGAUCGAGAGGGGUACAUAUUUUUGGGCAGAGUGCAUAUUUGUGUUCCUUUUAUAGUGUGUAUAUGCUAUCCUAAGGAUUCCAUUUAUUCCUUGGAUUGUAAAUUUUAUGAUACGUAUGUACCACUUAGACAAAU